AUGAUUGAAGAUAUAAUAAUUAAAAUGGAAAGCCUUGAUGGUAACGUUCUGUAUUACUCCUUAAACCAGGAUCAGGAUUGUCUAGCUGUGGGUACUUCACAAGGAUACAGAAUUUAUAAUUUACAAAGUUGUAAGCUAGUAUCAUCAUACGACGAGGCUCCUGUAGGGAUUAUCGAGAUGUUAUAUUCAACAAAUCUUCUAGCUCUAGUAGGCUCAGAUAUGAGCAAUGUUCACCUUAGUCCAAAGAGAUUGACUAUCUGGAAUAGUAAUAGCUCAGCAGCUAUUUGUGAGAUCUCAUUUGCUUACAAGAUCACAGCUGUAAAGAUUAAUAAGUCUCGACUGAUUAUUUGUGUUAAGGAUAAGAUCCAUAUUUACGACCUGAGAGACACAAGGAUUCUUGAAUCUCUUUUUGUCAAGAACAAUCAGCUUGGAAGGCUCGUCCUCUCUCCGAACAACACUGAGAAUUGCUUCUUGGUCUAUACAGAUUCGAUUACUAAGGGAAUUGUGAAGGUGUACGAUGCUUGGAAUAUGAGGCAGUCAACCACGUUCGAAGCUCACCAAAGUCCUAUUCUGAAGAUGAGUAUGAAUUAUGAAGGAAAUAAACUUGUGACCACAUCUUGUAAAGGCACAAUGGUCAGAGUAUUCUCCUUGCCGAAGGGGGACAAGUUAUACACUUUCAAGAGGGGUACCUCCAACUGUAUGGUUUAUUCACUAAAUUUCUCAAGACAAGGGAACCAUAUCAUUUUGUCAUCUGAAAAUGGCACGAUCCACUGAUUCAGUCUUCCCAAGAAGGAUAGGGAUGAGCUUGAAGACGAGGAUGAUUCAAUGCAAGAGGAUUUUGAAGAGAGUGAUCCUAGCUUAAUCAAGGAUGAAGUUAAAGAAUGUAAGGUUUGUAGCAUUGGCUCUUGGAUUCAAACCCUUCUUCCGAUCAACUACGAUGAGCUGAUGUCUAGCAAGAAAUCAAGAGCCAAGCUUACCAGCCAUGACUAUGAAUUUCCGAAUAUUUGUUGUAUGGAUAGAGAGGAGAAGCAUAUUACAAUGUUCAUGAAGAGAAAAGAUUUUAAGAGGUUUGAUUUUAGAGAAGGCAAAAUUGAAGAGGAUAAUGAAUUUGAACCUGAAUAAUAGUGCUGAUAUCGACUCAAUUAUUACUUCUCAAUUAACACUUUU